GGUUUAAUUUCAGUUGGCCGCACCCACGCCGACAUUGCGAAUCAUCUCACAGCUCCGAGCUCCCUCCGAGGAACUUUUGUCGACCCAGUCAGCUCAGCUCGGUUCGUCGAUUCUGGGCCCGUCGAUGAGUGACGUGUGACAGGAAACGUUGCAGAUCAGCGCGCGAUCCAUCAAUCCGACGGCUGUCUUGUCGCGCGAAGGCAAUCUCGUGGGUGCAUUCCCCUUGAUGCCCGGCCUUCUUGGUUCUCCAAGGUCUGAUUAUUAAUAUACGUAUAACUUCGAAUGACUUCUGGUGCAUCUCAGGAGCCACAAUUGGCAUUCAUUAACGAACUAGCCCCAGUCUGCACGGAGGAGGCCCAACCUCGGCACAUUGCACUUAUUCUCCUGCAUGUACACUCACAUUUGAACUGCCUUCUAUUGACUCUCGUGAGACCGUUCUCGGGUCGUGGACCAUUCGAGAAGCUCGUUGGAGCAGUACGCGGUAAGGCGCCGAGCGAAUGCUCUACACUCGCAAUGGUGAUGGCUUGUGCUCGAAUGAAACAUCCGUAUAAUCGCAUUCCUCACCGUGACCCAUACUGUGUACCCUCUAGUCUUUCAAGUAUCCGUCCUGUUUUUAAGUUUGCUCAGAGCAUGCAGGUGAGCCCAUUUAGUGACCUUCUCUCGCUGGCAUUGGUCUGGCCCAAGGAAUGUUGCAAUUGCCAAAUGCACGGCACCGGCAGCAUUGCCUGCUGACUCUUCAGAAGACUUCCUGUGUGAUACGGCAUGCCUGGUGAGAAAAGCUUGAGACGG